GGGGCGGAGCGAUCUCAGGAGGCGAACCAAUGGGAGCGGAGAAAGGCAGAGGGGCGGGGACAGAUGUUAAAGGGACCGCGGACAUUUUCAUGGCCCUCGCUGGCGGCCCAGAGAAACCCGGGGAGGCGCCUGCUCCCCGCGGCAUCCCCCCCGCCUCCGAGCGAGAGCCCAGGUGCAUGGAAGUGGAUGUGAUGCGCACGCUCCACCAGCAUGUGGCAGCAGCACUGACACUUGCAGAGCCCAUCCCUGUAAUGCUGGAUUGACGUGAUGACGCCUGGAGCCAUGGCACUCUUGGUGAUGUUCACCAGGGAAGCUGCCCUCAGGGAACUACUGCACGCCAGCUACUCAUCAAGGCCCUGCCCUACUGAAGUCAGUAGGGAUGUUACCAUUAAUAUUAACUGAUGCAGGCUCCGGCCCCAAGUCCAGAAUCUAAAUACCCCAGGUGUCAAUAACCAGACACUGAAAUAGGGCGCGAACUAGAGGUAGGACUGCAAAGUCAGGACCAAAACCAGAAAAGGGAUAUGACAUGAGCAGCAUCCUCAUGAAGUGAAUUAUUCUUAAUCAUAUCACAGACCCCCAACCAGGCUGGCUGCAUGUAUCCAUCCUCUAGUCUGAUGGCUGUGUCAAAUGGAGGUCCCCAAACAUCUAGGCCUUAUAUUUACAAGUGACUGACAACACGGUUUGGUGUGUGGAAACACUGUGCAACCUAUCGCUGCUGCUGCUACAAUACCAGCAGGAAUAGCUGGGAAUAUCCUGCUCCGAAAUACAGCCGCCCUGCUGUGAAAGUGAGUCAGGAAUCUGGGACACCAAUCAACAGAGAGAAUUUUGGACCGACGACUUUAGACAAAAACCCUACUCAUCAAAAGUGCCGUGGAAUCCUGAAUACACACAUAGAACAAACAGGGUAUUGGCACUCAAGGUCUCAUCGGAAAGACCUUCAUGCAGUAAACUGCAUGGAGCUCAUUCGUUUAUCGACCUUGGCUGGAAGGAUGAAGAGCUAGGCGAACCCUGCUGGGAUUUGAAGCUGUGGUUUCAUGGAAUCCGGGUGUCUGGAGGCUCCUGGUUAGCAGUUUCAAAAAUGCUUUAGCUAAAGAAAACCUACCAUUUCCUACCAAAAACUCUUUGGGGAGAGGCGGGACUAUUUUAAACCGUGCCAAUCAGAAUUCUGCUUCGUUCGUUAGAACUGAGCUCCAGCUUGUUGCUUUUAGAGGAGUAUGUUCCAAGGGGAGUCUUGUCUUGCAGGGAAGUGUGGAAAGAAGACAGAGUGAAGAAAUUGGUUUAGUUCCAUUCUCUGCCGAGCCCCAGAUCCCUGCCACAUGCUGAACAGCCAGCAGAGAGGGAUAUCACUCCAUUCCCCUUUGUGUAGGAUGGCAGGCGUGGAAAUCUCAUUUUGCGGUUACGUUUUGACAUCAGGAUUAAAAAGAACUUGAUCGGGUCAAUUUCACUUCACCAGGUGACUGCUGCGUGGGUGGGACACAGCACGCACUGGGUCCUCUCUAAUGCACUUCAGGCUCAGACUGGACUCAACAACAGCUCACACCCAGUGCCGAGGGAGAAUGGCUGGCCAAUGCUUAAAAAUGCCACCAGCUGUAUGGCUCCUUCCUCUUUCUAAAAAGUGCCACAAGAUCUUGGACAGCUGCUUGUGAGAGGGACACCAGCUGGAAGACGGGACCUCAGCUUAACUUCUCCGAAGCGGAGCAUCUCCCUGGAGCACCCAUUGGGUUAUGCUGCAGCACAGCUGUUCUUAAACGGUGGCCCCUGGACCAACUGACUGAAGUUAGAAAAAACCCCAACCCGCGUUUCAAAUUCCCCUCUCUGACUUCGAAUUCAAAGCCAGACCUCCAUGGGCUUCCAAUAAGUCUGGGGCUGCCUCUUCUCUCUUUCCGUUCUGGGAACCUACAUUAGUGCACAGGGUGGUGGCCGGCGUAGCCCCGUGAGUCGCCAUGAACGCGCAUCCUCGUCGCAUCCGCCUGAAGCCCUGGCUCAUUGCCCAAGUGAACAGCAACCAGUACCCAGGCCUGCAGUGGGUGAACCCCGAGCGGAAGCUCUUCUGCAUCCCCUGGCGCCAUGCCACCCGGCACGUCCCCACGCAGGACGACGAGAACACCGUGUUCAAGGCCUGGGCCAAGGAGACCGGCAAGUACAACGAAGGGGUAGAUGAGCCGGACCCAGCCAAGUGGAAAGCCAACCUGCGCUGCGCCCUCAACAAGAGCCGCGAGUUCAAGCUGAUCUACGACGGCACCAAGGACACGCCCAUGCAGCCCUACAAGAUCUACGAGGUGUACGAGGGCCACCAGCCCAACGGAGACUCGCUGGCCGGGGACGAUCACAGCUGUUGCCCGGGUGAGGAGGAGGAGGAGCUGCAGAAAAUGACGACGCUGACGAUAGCGGAUCCCAGCCAGGGCGUGGAGCCGCUCCCCUCCUACGUGUGGACGAAGCAGGAAGUCCCGUAUCCCAACCCCUGCGGGAAUGGCGCCUUCCCCCCGCUGGGCGCCCGGGAACUCCUCCACCCGGACGUGUCGGCGCCUCCGGCCGCUGGCGCCUUCGCAGCAGGGGAGCUGCCCGCCCAGAGCCCGGCUGGGAGCAUGCCGCUGGAGGGGCCGGGCAGCCUGCAGAACCUGCCCCCCGGGGACGUGUCUCUGCAGCCCAUGGAACAGUUCAUCCCAGACCUGCUCAUCAGCCCGCACAUGCUGCCACUGACCGACCUGGAGCUCAAGUUCCACUACCGCGGGCGGCAGGCCAGCUCCCUGACCAUCAGCAACCCCCACGGGUGCCGGCUGUUCCACAGCAGCCUGGAGCCCACGCACGAGCAGGUGGAGCUCUUCGGGCCCGUGACGCUGGAGCAGGUGCGCUUCCCCAGCACCGAGCACAUCCCCAAUGAGAAGCAGCGCUUCUACACCCACCAGCUGCUGGACGUCAUGGACCGGGGCCUCAUCCUGGAGCUGCAGGGCCAAGACAUCUACGCCGUCCGGCUGUGUCAGUGCAAGGUCUUCUGGACGGGGCCCUGCGCCGGCGAGCGGGCCGGCCCCAACCCCAUCGAGCGCGAGAGGAAGAUCAAACUCUUCAGCCUGGAGAACUUCCUCAACGGGCUCAUCUUGUUCCAGAAGGGCCAGACCAGCACGCCGCCCCCCUUCGAAAUCUUCCUCUGCUUCGGAGAGGAGUGGCCGGACCAGAAGCCGAAGGAGAAGAAACUUAUCACCGUCCAGGUCGUGCCAGUGGCCGCCCGGAUCCUGCUGGAGAUGUUCUCUGGGGAGCUCUCCUGGUCGGCAGACAGCAUCCGCCUCCAGAUCUCCCAUCCGGACCUGAAAGACAAGAUGGUGGAGCAGUUCAAGGAGCUGCAUCAGCUCUGGCAAAACCAGCAGAGCCUGCAGGCCCACCCGGCCUCGAACCUGGAGCCGGGCCCGGGCCCCUGGGCGAUGCAGGCCAGCAGCAUGCAGCAGUGAGGACGUGGGCACGUCGCGCACACUCACCCACUUCCCUUCCCUCCUGACGGGCGCCCGGGGGAGCCUGGCCGUGCAUGCCAGCCCCGAGGAGGGGGAGACGAGGCAAACUGACCUCUACAGGGCGAUGCUCCGCUGGAUCUGUCGGCGCAGGCUGCCCGGCUCAGCUGCCCGCUCCACGCCAACCUCCCAGCUGUGGACCCCAAAGGGGCAGGGGGGAGAGGGCCCUUCCUGCAGGGAUGGAUGGAGGCCGGCCCACACCACCACCUGCUGGGAAUACACUAGGCUGCGGGCCAGGCCCCACCUUGCCAGAGCACUGCAGGACAGGCAAGGCCUGCGAUGGAGGAAAGAGACUGUUAGACCCACCGCCCUGGGCACUUACGAGAACUGCCUGGUGGUGGGCAGCAGGUGCUGGGGCCUGCUGAAAGGACAGGCCCGGCCGAGCCUGCGGGCGUGAAGGAGUCACAGUAUCCGGGAGCUGGCGUCACGGCCCCCAGGAACUGGCCUGGCCCAGAGACGCAGCAAGGGAAGUGCUCAGCUGUUAAUAAAAGC